UUUUGGAAGGGUUUGGAUGUAACUUCUCCAUUAUAAGCUCCCCAGGAAGGGACUUGUGUAACCCCAACAGGUGAAGAGGUGUCUGUGGGAGUUCACAGUCUCUUAAUCUGCUCUGACACUUGUCCAGGGAUCCACAGGAUUCCUGGUGGGAUGUGGCAGCAGAGGGAACAGGCUGUGGAGGUCAGGGUUGGCCCAGAGCAUUCCACUGACAGCCUGAGGUGAAGAUGAUGCUGAUUUUUUUAAAGCUUCAUGAAGUUUUGUGGUUGUAUUUUCUAUCUAAGGUCUCAAGCAUCUCAUAUUAAGUUCCCCCAAGCUUGAUUUAGGGAUAGUUUUAGGGAUAUGUUUGAUGGUUACCCUGGUAAAACACCUUCAUACGUUUCAGAAAACGGAAUUAUUUUCAGUAAAAAGAUGCAUUUUACCGGAAAUAAUUCUGCUUUCUGAGGUUGUACUGAAAGAACACAAUGUCCCAUUUCCCUGUAGCCCCAGAGACAGGUAAAAAUUCCAGCAGCAGAGUUGUCUGGGCGUGGGAUUUGCACCAUUUGCAUCCACUUUGGCUGAAAAUAGAUCCACGUCCACAGGAGGGAAGAGCUCCGGUGCUGUGGGGAAGCAGCAGCUUCUCCUGAAUGUUGAGAUGGGUGAUGAAAUAUUAAUUCUCCCAACUGAGUCACCAGCCAGACUGGAUUGAGUCUCCUGCUUCCUAAACGGAGCAGGAGUUGUACAACUCCAUCAACAACUUGGUCUGGUUUCCCAAGGAAAUGAGGCUUGGGAGACGUUCCUGCUGCUGCCUGAGCCUUUCCUGCUCCUGGCAGCGUUUGAUCUGUGCCUGCUGCAGCCAAAUCAGGCAGGAGGAACCCAUCUGAAAGUUAAAUUUCUGUACAUUUCAGGAAAAUUAAGUUCCCUGGGAAAAGAGGGGAGAAAAAAACCCACCCAACCCCAGCUGUUUAGCAGCGGGGGGAGGGAAGUGUGAACUGGGCUUUGGCUGGGGAGGAGACAAUCCCUGGGGGGAGAUGAACUUGCAGGAAGGUGACUUUGUUGCCCUGGUGUCCCCUGGGGGUGGCUGGGAAGGCCUGGGAUUCCUCUGGAGGAUUGCAAGGAAUAAAAAAACCAGGGUGGAAAGGGUUGAGAAGGUGUCAGAGCACGGCUGGGCUGGUGGCACAGGGACCUGCCCUGGGUCUCGUUUUGCUGGGGCAAACAGUAAGAAAGUGAGGCAGAGGCUGUUCCCUGGGAUGAGGCACUGUCUGAGCUGGGAUUAAACUCCCAUGUGGAUCCUGCUCAGGGAAACCUGGGAGUCCUGGAGCCUGAGGGGUUUUCCUGUGCUGAGUCAGCACAGCUGCCCAAAACUCCUCUGGUCCAGGCUUGGAGCUGCCUCCUCUAAACUCACAGAACCAUGGAGUGAUUUGGGAUGGAAGAGACCUUAAAGGUGAUGUAAUUCCAACCCCCUGCCACGGGCAGGGACACCUUCCACAUGCACAGUGUGAUGUUUAGGGCUCAGACUCUGCCUGGAUUGGCUUCUCCAGAACCAGCAUUAAAAACUCCCUCCCCAAAUUUCCACUUGAGUCCAGGAUAAACUUUUCUGAAUCCAUGUGCAAAGAAGAGGGGACACCCCAUCCCCUCUGAAGGACAAAUGGAUGACAGAUGACCUGCUGGCUUGGCUGGGAUUCCCUUGGAAGGAAUGGGGGGGGUUUUCCCUGCUGUAACAAAUCCCUUUCUGCUCCCAGGGGACGUCGGGAACUACUAUUAUGGCCAAGGACAUCCCAUGAAACCCCACAGGAUCCGGAUGACCCACAACCUGCUGCUGAACUACGGCCUCUACAGGAAGAUGGAGAUCUAUCGUCCUCACAAGGCAAAUGCAGAGGAGAUGACCAAGUACCACAGUGAUGACUACAUCAAAUUCCUGAGGUCCAUCCGCCCUGACAACAUGUCUGAGUACAGCAAGCAGAUGCAAAGAUUUAACGUUGGGGAGGACUGCCCUGUGUUUGAUGGGCUGUUUGAGUUCUGUCAGCUCUCUGCUGGAGGCUCUGUGGGUAAGAUCACAAGUCGUGUGCUCUGUCCCUUUUAAGAAAAUGUAUUUCAUGUAGUUCUGUCCAGGAAACACUUUGCUGUAGGGGGUGGUGGGGAAGCUCUGUGAACCUAUUUCUGAUUUCCUUAAUAAUUAGAUCCAGAUUUCUCCCCAAGCUUUGCACAUUGAUGGAUCCCUCUCCAUUUUAGUCCUGGUUUCCUCACUGAGUGUGUGAAGGGCUCUUUAAGUGGUGUAACAGCAUCACCAGUGGUAGAGUUAAACCAAAACCACAGCAACAGCAUUUAAUUUAAAAAUAAAUUAAAAAAAUCAACGUGAGCUGCUUUACAUUUAAAAAAAAAGUUGUUAAAACCUUGCUGUGGGCAGGCAUAACCUGGAAAGGAAAGAACAGGUUAUAACAAAACUGUUAUCUGUUGGUUAUAACAAAAAGCCUGAACAUGAACAAGGAGCUGAGGGGUUUCAGUGAGUUCCCUCAAAGCUGGAACAUUUAAAUGCUUUCACAGUUCUCACAGUUGCAGACAGGGCAGGUGUUAUUGUGCUGUAGAGCUUUGUGGCUGCUACAUCACAGUGACACCUCUGAGUCUGUGUUUCCUGU